AUGUUCCCUCCCCCGCCUCCACUUCCUCCCAAGCCUCAAGACUAUAGCGUCCACCCUCCACCUCUUCCACCCCGUCCCGGAACCCAAGGCCCCCCAACAGAUCAGUCUUCAGCCUGGUCGCGCCCGCAGGUCCAAACGGUUCAAAGCACGCCCAGUUUUCAGAGCCCUCCACCAACUGCCCACCACAUCUACCGAAAGUACGGUCAUGUUCUACAGGACGCGUCUGGGACACCCACGAACGCCUUCCAACCUCCAAGCGCCCUGCAGAAUCAAACCCCUACAGCUCCUCUCCCCCCUCCUCCGCCCCAACAGGCAUGGCAGCAGCAUAAUCAAGGCAACUACCAGAACAUCUACACGACCACCCCCCAGCAGCAGACAUGGCAGGCGCCAGCUGCGCAUCAGCAAACACCCGUCUCUCCUGUGCAGCAUGACCAACAACUGUACGCUACCACCCAUACUCCUGUCAAUCAGUCUUACCCCCCACCACCCCAGGUGUUCCAGUCCCCUGCCCAGCAGACGCCCUUGAAAGUACCCUCCGUCAGUCCGCCACCAUACAACUGGGCUCAGCCUCCGCCCAUGCAACCCGGCCCUGCACCUUCAGACUACUUCCAACAUUCGACAACGCCCCAGCCGUAUUUCCAAAGGCCGCCCUCCCUGGGCAACAACCCGUACCAGAGGCCAGCUUCGCUGGGAAACAACCCGUAUAACCCGCCAGUGUCACCUCCCAUCCCCACCGUCUCGCCCCUGGUUAGCCGUCAGGGAUCGGUCAAUUCACAGCAAGGCGCGCGUGAUCGUCACGACACGGUCUCGAGUAUAUCGACAACAGCAGCACACGAGCGGCAUGAUACGUUCUCUACCGUUUCGACGCUUGGGGAACGACCGGCGACGCCAAAGGCUGAGCCUCAGUCUGAGGCCGUUGGCGGGGUCAGUGGUCAGCGUAUUCAGCCUACCGGUGCUGGUGCGACCACAGCAGCCGGGACUUCGGCUUCGGCACUCGGGUUUGGAGGGCCGGGAGGUUGGGAGUACUACGAUGCGCCGGGGGAAGAGGACGAGGAGGAAGAGGAAGUGGCUGUGGGUAAGAGUGAGGCGAAAGACCAAUUCAAAGCGGUGGAGCACGACCCCGUUUCGCCCGUGGAGCUGCCAAGUGACCCGGCACCUUUUGCGAUGAAGCCGCCAGCUGCAGCGGAAACGAAGAGCGACGACGCAGGCGAGAAUGCCAUUUUCGAGUUGCCUGCCGAUUUUGUCAUGGAACCCAGUGUCAAGCCGGAAGUUUCUGCAGACCAAAGUAAGGAGGGGAUGGCCGGGCAGGACGCGACUAUCGUUCUGCCCAAACCCAGCACACGAUACAAUAGGAUUCCACGGCCUCAGGACCUCAUCCCGGAUCUUGGACCGUGGUAUGCCAGUUCUCUUGAGCGGUUCAUCUCGAUGCUGAAGACGGAGGCGCAUGCUGCUUCAGAUGAGCAGAGAGCGGCUGCAUUCAUGGAAUUUGUGGCUACGGAAUCGAAGCUAAGAGGUAUUCCGUACUAUACACAGCCUCCUGGUGAUGAUGUACAGCGAUCUGUGAACAAUGGAGAGAAAAGGCCGAAAUUACCUUUGGAGAUCCCGCCCUCGGAUGCGGCGACUGAGAUGGAAAUCCAAUACAGUCCUGGCGGCCGACCAGUUUGGCGUCCUAAACUGAAGGAUCGCCAGAACUCAGACGAGGCAAAGACAACAGUGCCCGGAGAGAACCAACAACAAGCCUACAAGCCAUUCAGACAGGGCCAAUCCACUACCGACGGCGAAGGGUCCAGCCAACCGGCAGUUCCCACCCCCACCGGCUUACCCAGCGAGCAGACCGGCCCGGCCACUGCAAUUCAGCAAGCUCAGUACAAGCCUUACACUCCCAGCACUCCGGCCGCUGAGGCCAUUCGUAGGGAUAGUUUGCCGCGUAGGGACAGUUUUCCCCGCAGUGACAGCUUCCCGCACCGUUCGUCGGUCUCAUCGCCAAUCAGACAGGAGCACACCGAGACGUUCUUCCCGGCCCCUCUCGCGCUGCACAGCAAAAAGGACCAAGCCACUUCCAGUUCCAGUUCCAGUUCCACACCGAAGCCUGUUCCAUCCAUCACAGCGCCACCACCCGACGAGGUGUCGACGCCCGAAACUUCGCUCCCGUACCCAACGACGCCGUCCCACACCCCGCCGCCGCCACAGCCCCCAGCGCUCGGCACGAAGCCAACUCUGUCAAGCCUCACGCCCGCACCGCUCGCACUAUCGACGGUGGCACCACCACCGCCGCCACCGACGGGCGCCGCGCGCCUCAGAGCGCUGCUCGCAAACUUCAAGCCAUCCUCGUCGUCCGCCGAAACCACGACGCAGAUCGUCACCACCCUCUCCGCGCUCCCGCCGCUCGACGCCACUAAAGCGCACAUCGCCGGGCUCAACGCCUCCUUCGACGGCUCGUCGCCGCCCGCGGCGCCGGCGGCGCGGCAGGCGCGCGUGCUGUACGACGAGCUGGCGGCCGAGCGCGGCGAGCAGCAGGUCCUCAACGACAUGGCGUUCGAGGCCAACGAGAUCACGUACCCGCAGCUGCUAGGCCGCGACGAGGCGCUAAAGAAGGAGGACGCCGAGAAGGUGGCGGCGCGCGCCGCGGGCCUGAUGGACGCCGCGGGCAAACGGUACCGGGCGUGGGAGGAAGCUGUCUUCGCGGGCGUGUACGGGAGGGUGAGGGAGGAGGUCGGGGCGGGCGUGGAGGGGUUGGCGGUCGUGGAGGACGUCGGGGCCGAGGCUGUGAAGGCGUUGGAGGGGGAAGAAGAGCACCAACAAGCCCCAGUUGCUGCUGCUCCUGGUAGCGGACUCGUCAAGAUCAAUGCCCGGACGGGAGAGGUCAUCACGGUCGACGGCCUUGGGUCCGCAACCGCGGCAGCAAAACCAUCGCACCCUGACCCCGCUGCUCCUACCUCUUCCGCCGCCGCCGCCAAUGUUGCUCAGACUCUCUCCGCCCUGACGACCCUCACGACGUCCGCCCGCGCCCUGCUCACCCUGCACGCCCACAUCUCGGCCCGGCACGCGCUACUCGCCGCCACCGUCGCCGACCGCGACGCCCGCUACGCGGCAGCCGAGACGGCGCCACUCGAGUUCCUGGUCGCGUUCGACGAGUGUGAGAACCCGCAUUCCACCACCGCCAGCAGCGGCAAGAAAGCGGCAGCAGCAGACAAAAAAGAAGGAGACGACGCGGGCGACGCAGCCGACGCCGACGCCGACGCGCGCAAGAAGCUGCUCGACCUACGCAAGCACUUCACGGCGGCGCGGCUCGGGGCGGCGGCGCGGGCGGCAGCCGACGAGGAGGUGCGGGCGCGGCAGACGUGGCAGCGCGUCGAGGGGUGGAUGGCGGCGGGGCUGGCGGCCGUGGCGAAGGCGGUCGAGGCCGUCGGCGCCGCGGCGAGGCAGGUCGAGGCCAACGACGACCCCGACGGCGGUGUCGGCGUCGGCGGGCUGCUGGAUCGCGCCGAGGCCGUCGUCGGCGAGCUGGCGCGCCGCGCGCAGGAGCUGGUCCGCUGCUUCCACGAGGCCGAGGUGCUGCUGAACGAGGCCGAGUUUGCCGUCAGCGUCGAGGAGGCGAGGGCCGCCGUGUUCGAGAAGGCGGUGGCGAGGGGGGAUGGGCCUGCGGGCUGGGGUGGGUGGGAGGAGGAGGCUAGGGUCGUGGUGGGGAAGUUGGAGGAGGAGAGAAGGAACGAGGAUGGCGUGCUGAAGGAGGAGUUGGAGUCACGGUUGCGGGUGAUUGACACGGAGCAGAAGGCGAAGGCGAUGGAGGUGGUGAGGAGAGUGAGGAAGAGGGUGGUUGGCAGGGAGGAGUUUGGAGACGAGGAUCGGAUCGUAGGGUGGGUGUCUUGA